CCCCAAAUCACUUACUAAUAAUAUAUUUCAGCAACUCAAUCUGAAAAAAGACAACCCUCAAAAAUCUUCUAGUAUUGCUCUGAGUAAAGAAAAACUCGAGAGGAGGGUGGGGGGGGAUCAUUUCUCUCUCUUUUCCCAUCAUUCUCAUCAGAUCAUCCACACUUUCCCUCAUAUCUAACAACCACAAAUCAUUAAAACUGCUAUUUCAACUCCAAAAUCUUUUUCUGUUUAGCUGCCUAACUCUCCUCACAAAUGGAAACUGUGUCUAAUAUAAAUCAAUAGUCGGCAAAGUCUUCCACUCUCCCUUCCUUGUUAAAGCAAAGCACUUCUGAUUUUUUUUUUUUUUACUUUGGGUUUUCUUCUUGACGGUGUUGUUUCAUAUCAACAGUUCUAUCUGCCAGAGAAAAGAGUAGAGACUAAAUUAUAUAUGUAAAACUAAAAUUUUUUGGUUCCUUGAUUAAUUUUUUUACAGUUUCUUCGACUUUGAUCUCUCCUUUUCUUGUUAGGUCUAUGUUACACUGUCUUAUGGUCACUGAAAAAGUGUUUUUUAUAAAGGAAAGACGAAACCCUAGGUAGUUAAGAUCUUAUCAAACCUACCACAGCAAAGACCAACACAUCUUUUUGCUUAUAUAUUUGGAACAAGACCUAUUGAAAGCUUUGUUUGGUCUCCAUGGAUUCAAUUCGAGAAACCGAUAGCUCCAACUCCGAAAAUGUCAGCCUCAUCAACGUGAGCAAUAACGGUGGCACUUCACUUCCAUCCUCGUCUUCUUCUCCAACCUCAAGCCGCUACGAGAACCAAAAGCGCCGUGACUGGAACACCUUUGGUCAGUACCUGAAGAAUCAUAGGCCCCCACUUUCGCUCUCCAGGUGCAGUGGAGCUCACGUCCUAGAAUUCCUUCGCUACCUUGACCAAUUCGGCAAAACCAAAGUCCACACUCCAAUCUGCCCUUUCUAUGGCCACCCAAACCCACCAGUCCCUUGCCCUUGCCCGCUCCGUCAAGCCUGGGGUAGCCUCGAUGCUCUCAUCGGCCGCCUCCGAGCUGCCUUCGAAGAAAAUGGAGGAAAACCUGAAGUAAACCCUUUUGGGGCACGAGCUGUGAGGCUUUACCUUCGUGAAGUUCGUGAUUUGCAGUCAAAAGCAAGAGGGAUUAGCUAUGAGAAGAAGAAGCGUAAGCGACCACCAGCUCAACAGAUCCCGACUCUACCAUUGCCGCCACCACCACCAACAGGUGCAAGUUAAACUAUAUAUAUGCAUCUCCAAAACAAAACAAAACAAAACAAAACCCCAGAUGCAAGCUAGCAUUUCACUCUAUUUAAUACUACAUAUAUGAGAUAAUUUUCUGUACUUUGGCCAUAAGGUAUCAUUUUGAGGCAUGGGUAUAUAUUUUAGGUUAAUUUUUUUUUAACUUUUUCUAUGCUUCCUGUUUGCUGCUAGAGUGGUAAAAACUGGUAAUGUCUUAGUGAUUUUUGGGGAUUCCUUGUAAACUACUUUUGAUGCAAACAGUGUUAGUAUCAUCAGUAAUGAACUAUUAGUAGCAUUAGUACUAAAAGAAAAAAGUCAUUCAAGAAGUGAUUGUACUAUCAGUUUGUUGCUUAAAUGGAACUGAGAGCAUCUAAUUGCUCAGUUUUUA